UGUAGGGACUCGUUGGUGUGCUUCCUUGUGCGAGAGCGUGGAAUGGGGAGCAGAGGACGGGUGUGUGUAGACCUAAAAAAAAGGGAGAAAGGGAGAGUGAGAAGCCAAUUCAUUAGUUUGGAAAUGUGGACAGGUAGUAAAACCAUGUAAAUGAUCGAGAAAAGGGAGAGAUGUGGUCUCAUCAGAGAGGAUGUUUGCAACAUAGCAGAUUGCAGUUGGACCACUGAACUGGUGCUCCGUAGUGUGAACAAGCUAACUGUCUGUGAGAUUUCAGAGAGAGGGGGGGAAGAGCGGGAGAGUUACUGACACAGAAACAAAGCUGAGGGAGAAAGAGAGAAGCAAAGAGAAGCAUUAGACAGUGGACUUUCUGUUCCUUUCACUAACAGCUGAGAUGGAGGAGUAUAAUGUGACAGUUGCUACAGGCACAUCAGAGUAUUCAGGGACCAAUAACUACAUAUACAUUACUCUGGUGGGAGAGAAAGGAGACAGCGAGAGAACAACACUGGAUAACCCUGGACUGGACUUCUGUAGAGGAGCGGUGGAUGAAUACAAGGUGUGUAGCCCGGGUCCUCUGGGUCGUGUCCUUUUGGUGCGUCUGGAGAAACAGAGGUACUGGGUAGAGGAUAACUGGUUUUGUCUCUAUGUCACCGUGGCGCCACCAGGUGGUGGUACAGCCCUCACCUUCCCCUGUUACCGCUGGCUCAUAGGAGAUGUCAAGGUGGAGCUACGAGAAGGCACAGCAAUGAGACUCAGUGACGACACCUCUCCUCAGCUUUUGGCUCACAGAAAAGCAGAACUGCAGGAGAGACAGGCGGUAUACAGAUGGGUUGCAUGGGCUCCUGGGAUUCCCAAGUGUAUUGAUGCGAAGACCGAGGCAGACCUUCAUCAGGAUGUUCGCUUCGACAAUGAGAAGAGGAGUGACUUUGAGAGCUCCUUACACUACGCUCUUCUAGAGCUGUCUUUGAAGAAGCUAGCCAUCAGAUUUGGGAAGUCAUGGGACAAUCUGGAAGACUUCAAACGAUGCUUCUGGAAACUCAGGAGCCCCAUAUCUGAAUACUGUAUGGAGCACUGGAAGGAAGACUCGUUCUUCGGGUACCAGUGUCUGAACGGUUCAAACCCCAGAAUGAUCCAGCGCUGCAAGAAGCUUCCGGGAAACUUCCCCGUCUCUGGAGACAUGGUGCAGGGGUCGCUGGCCCCAAGAACCACCCUUGAGAAGGAACUCAAGGCGGGUAACAUCUACUUGGUAGACUAUGCCAUCAUGGAUGGUGUUCCUACCAAUGUAAUCAGAGGGAAACCACAGUACAUCGCUGCUCCUCUCUGUCUGCUGUAUGAACACCCAGACCAGGGACUCAUACCCAUCGCCAUACAGAACAGCCUCAAUCUCAACAAGGUUAGUAAAGCCAUAAACAUACACGUUAUCCCCCCUCUUCUCCAGCUAGGGCAGACUCCUGGCUUGGACACGCCCAUCUUCCUGCCUAAAAACCCGCCCCUGGCCUGGCUAUUGGCCAAGAUCUGGGUCCGUCACUCAGAGUUCCAGGUGUUCCAGCUCCUGUCCCACCUGUUGAGAACUCACCUGGUGGUGGAGGUGUUCUGUGUGUCAACACUACGACAGCUACCUGCUGUCCAUCCAGUAUAUAAGCUCCUGGCUCCUCACCUACGCUAUACUCUGGAGAUUAACUGCAGGGGGCGCACUCAGCUCCUCUCAGCCGACGGCAUCUUCAAAAGGGUGGUGUCUACAGGAGGAGAGGGGCUUCUGAUCCUAGCCCAGAAUGAGUACAAAGUCCUGACCUACCGCUCUCUGCAGCCCUACCAGGACUUCCAGCAGCGCGGAGCCACCAACCUCAGAAACUACUUCUACAGGGAAUACAGCCUGAUGCUGUGGGACGCCAUACACAGUUUUGUCUCAGGGAUGGUGUCACUUUACUACCAUUAUGACAGUGAUGUAGUGGAGGACACUGAGCUGCAGGCCUGGAUAAAGGACAUCGCUGAGGAGGGCUUUGUUGAUGUGCCCAGAUUUGGUCUGGCCAGGGAACUACACAACAAGACAGAACUGAUCACACUGCUGAGUGUCGCUAUCUUCACAAGCUCAGCACAGCAUGCAGCCACCAACAAUGGACAGUUUGACUGGUGUGCGUGGGUACCCAACACCCCGUGCACAAUGCGCCACCCUCCCCCGACGGAUAAGGACGCUGUUACCAUGGAGAUGAUCAUGGACACCCUCCCAGACGUCAGCCAAACAUGUUUGGAGAUGGCGAUCACAUGGCACCUGGGUCGGCCACAACCGGACGCAAUUCCAUUGGGUCAGUACCGGGAGCAGUACUUCACAGAGUCCCAGGCCCAGGAGGUGAUUGACAAGUUCAGACAGGAACUGAAGGAGAUAGAGGAACACAUCCUGACCCAGAACGAGGGACUAGAGUUGCCCUAUCUUUUCCUCCUGCCCAGCCGCAUCGAGAACAGCAUCACUAUAUAAUAUACUGAACAGAAAUAUAAACGCAACAAAAGUAAAAAAAGAUUUUACUGAGUUACAGUUCAUAUAAGGAAAUCAGUCAAUUGAAAUAAACUCAUUAGGCCCUAAUCUAUGGAUUUCACAAGACUGGGAAUACAGAUAUGCAUCUGGACACACAAAAAAAAUGAAAUAGGGGUUGUGGAUCAGGAAACCAAUGAGUAUCUGGUGUGACCACCAUUUGCCUCAUGCAGCGCAACACGUCUCCUUCGCAUAAAAUUGAUCACGGUGUUGAUUGCGGCCUGUGGAAUGUUGUCCCACUCCUCUUCAAUGGAUGUGCGAAGUUGCUGGAUAUUGGCAGGAACUGAAACACGAUGUCAUACACGUCGAUCCAGAGCAUCCCACACAUGCUCAACGAGUGACAUGUCUGGUGAGUAUGCAGGCCAUGGAAGAAGUGUGCCAUUUUCAGCUUCCAGGAAUUGUGUGUAGAUCCUUGCCACAUGGGGCCGUGAAUGGCACGACAAUGGGCCUCAGGAACUCGUCACGGUAUCUCUGUGCAUUAAAAUUGCCAUAGAUAAAAUGCAAUUGUGUUGGCUGUUCGUAGCUUCUGCCUGCCCAUGCCAUAACCUGUUGACAUCAGUAAACUGCUUGCGCACAAUGUCAUACAUGUGGUCGGCGGUUGUGAGGCCGGUUGGACGUCCUGCCAAAAUCUCCAAAACGACAUUGGAGCCGGCUUAUGGUAGAGAAAUUAACAUUCAAUUCUCUGGCAACAACUCUGGUGGACAUUCCUGCAGUCAGCAUGCCAAUUUCACACUCCCUCAAAACUUGAGAGAUUUGUGUUGUGUGA